GCUGCCAGGGGCUGUGGGACAGCACGAGCUGCUGGCCCUCCUCUGCACUGGGACAGACGGUGGAAGUGGCCUGCCCGCGGUUCCUCUGGAUGUUCGUGGGUAGAAACGGUUCCAUAUUUCGAAACUGCACUCAGGGCGGCUGGUCAGAGACCUUCCCCAGGCCUGACCUGGCCUGUGGGGUGCACGUGAACGACUCCUCCAACGAGAAGAGGUAUGAGUACCUCCUGAAGCUGAAGGUCAUGUACACCGUGGGCUACAGCUCCUCCCUGGUGAUGCUCCUGGUGGCCCUCGGCAUCCUCUUUGCCUUUCGGAAGCUCCACUGCACCCGCAACUACAUCCGCAUGCAUCUCUUUGUGUCCUUCAUCCUGCGUGCCCUGUCCAACUUCAUCAAGGAUGCCGUGCUCUUCUCCGACGACGACGUCGCCCGUUGUGAUGCCCACAGGGUGGGCUGUAAGCUGGUCAUGGUCUUCUUCCAGUACUGCAUCAUGGCCAACUACUCCUGGCUGCUGGUGGAAGGCCUCUACCUUCACACACUCCUCGUCAUCUCCUUCUUCUCAGAAAGGAAAUGGCUCCAGGGAUUUAUUGCCCUCGGAUGGGGUUCCCCAGCCAUUUUUGUUGCUUCGUGGGCUGUCACCAGGCACUUUCUGGAAGAUGUCGGGUGCUGGGACAUCAGUGCCAACGCGUCCAUCUGGUGGGUCAUUCGAGGGCCUGUGAUCGUCUCCAUCCUGAUUAAUUUCAUCCUUUUUAUAAACAUCCUAAGGAUCCUGAUGAGAAAACUGAGAACUCAAGAAACAAGAGGAAGUGAAGGGAACCAUUAUAAGCGCCUGGCCAAGUCCACCCUCCUGCUGGUCCCCCUCUUCGGAGUCCACUACAUAAUCUUUGCCUUCUCCCCGGAGGAUGCCAUGGAGACGCAGCUGUUCUUUGAAUUGGCCCUUGGCUCGUUCCAGGGCCUGGUGGUGGCCAUUCUCUACUGCUUCCUCAAUGGGGAGGUGCAGCUGGAGGUUCAGAAGAGGUGGCGGCAGUGGCACCUGCGUGCUCCCCUGCACCCGGUGGCCCUCAGCUCCUUCAGCAGCGGCACCAAGGCCAGCCCCUCGGAGCAGAGCCGGGGUACCUGCAGGACCAGUGUCAUCUGA